UGUUGCUGAGACUUCCUGGAUGGAGCCGCCCUCACCGCCGGGCCCGUGGCCCUGCGCGGAGCUGUGUCCAAUAAAGUUCUUGGAUGUGACGGGCCUGUGUCUGCUCAGCUUGUUGGGGGCGGGGGCGGGCGCCGUGUGCUGCUGGUCACGUGGGCCGGCCUGGUCACGUGGACGCGUCGGUCACGUGGCGCGCCGCUUCAGUCAGCUGAGGGUCACGUGGGCGCGGCCGCCGCUCUCGGCUGGGGUUCGUCACCGGGCGCGGGAUUUGGCCGCCGCGGAGCUCCAGAGCCGCUCGCUCCCGACAAGGCUCACGAUGCGCGGCAAGCAGGGCGCGGCGGGGGCCCGGGUGCUCCAGUUCACUAACUGCCGGAUCCUGCGCGGAGGGAAGCUGUUCAGGGAGGAUCUGUGGGUGCGCGGAGGCCGCAUCUUGGACCCGGAGAAGCUGUUCUUUGAGGAGCGGCGCGUGGCCGACGAGCGGCAGGACUGCGGGGGCCGCAUCUUGGCUCCCGGCUUCAUCGACGUGCAGAUCAACGGUGGAUUUGGUGUUGACUUCUCCCAAGCCACGGAGGACGUGGGUUCGGGGGUUGCCCUGGUGGCCCGGAGGAUCCUGUCGCACGGCGUCACCUCUUUCUGCCCCACCCUGGUCACUUCCCCACCGGAGGUUUAUCACAAGGUUGUUCCUCAGAUCCCUGUGAAGAGUGGUGGUCCCCAUGGGGCAGGGGUCCUCGGGCUGCACCUGGAGGGCCCCUUCAUCAGCCGGGAGAAGCGGGGCGCGCACCCCGAGGCCCACCUCCGCUCCUUCGAGGCCAAUGCCUUCCAGGACUUGCUGGCCACCUACGGGCCCCUGGACAAUGUCCGCAUCGUGACGCUGGCCCCGGAGCUGGGCCGUAGCCACGAGGUGAUCCGGGAGCUGACGGCCCGUGGCAUCUGCGUGUCCCUAGGGCACUCAGUGGCUGACCUGCGGGCAGCAGAGGAUGCUGUAUGGAGCGGAGCCACCUUCAUCACCCACCUCUUCAACGCCAUGCUGCCUUUCCACCACCGCGACCCAGGCAUCGUGGGGCUCCUGACCAGUGACCGGCUGCCUGCAGGCCGCUGCAUCUUCUACGGGAUGAUUGCAGAUGGCACGCACACCAACCCCGCCGCCCUGCGGAUCGCCCACCGCGCCCAUCCCCAGGGGCUGGUGCUGGUCACCGAUGCCAUCCCUGCCUUGGGCCUGGGCAAUGGCCGGCACACACUGGGACAGCAGGAAGUGGAAGUCGACGGUCUGACAGCCUACGUGGCAGGCACCAAGACGCUGAGUGGCAGCAUAGCCCCAAUGGACGUCUGUGUCCGGCACUUCCUGCAGGCCACAGGCUGCAGCGUGGAGUCGGCCCUGGAGGCUGCAUCCCUGCACCCCGCCCAGUUGCUGGGGCUGGAGAAGAGUAAGGGGACCCUAGACUUUGGUGCUGACGCAGACUUCGUGGUGCUCGACGACUCCCUUCACGUUCAGGCCACCUACAUCUCUGGUGAGCUGGUGUGGCAGGCGGAGGCAGCUAGGCAGUGACAAGGACCUCGGCUGAGAGGACACGCGGCCGCAGCUGGAUGCCGUCAGGGCCGGGUGGUUGGGGAGCUGGUCUCCAGGGAGUGAGUCGGGAGCCCUGCUGGAAUGAUGCCCAGGGCCCGUGCGGCCGCCCUGGAGGCGGUAGCUGGGAUAAACGUGCACCCAGCAGGACUUGCCUUGGCUCCGGGUUUUGCUUGUGCUCACACGUGGCACCAUCCUUGGUUGCCCUCCUGGGGAAGGCAUUCGCGGCGUGGGGUGGGAUGGCUGGGCUGUAGUUCAGCCUGGGCCUUUGGCCCCAGUGCGGGACAGGGCCUGUCUGCAUGAGGUGGACCUGAGACCUGCAGACUCCAGGAAAAUGUCACUGUGCGAGGGAGGGGCAGGCAGUCAGUGGCUGGUGCCAUGGGGUGAAGCCACCGUGGGCUGGGGGUGAAGAGCGGGCAGGAAGGGGACCGGGCGCAGGGAGUGUGGACAGUCAGGGGUUUGCCGUCUGCACCUGAGUUGGGUGUGCAGCGUGGAGCCCACAGCCUGGUUCUGGGCCAGGGCACAGUGCCAGGCGCUCCACUCUGACCUCCAGGAGGGAGACUGGGCCCGGGACCCCUGCCUUCUGCUCCCUGGCCUGCCUAGCCCUGAGUGCCACAGAUGACCAGCGUUCCAUUUCCUCUUCUCAAUAACCCUAUCCCCAGGCCUGGUGCUUGCUGGCUGUGGUGACCCUGCCUGGUGCUGUAGGGCAGUGUGGGAGGCACCAAUGUGCCCUGCUCACCCCAUUAGUGUCAUCCUGCCAUCUUCUAUGUCCCCUUGGCCCUGGCACACACCCAUAUGGCAAACACAGGCCGUGAGGCUCCCUGAACAGCUUCGAGGCGGAUGGGCUUCUGGAGCCCUCUUGGCUCUGAGGACAGUCACAGUGGGGUCAGACGUCAGGGGUUGGUGCAGCCCCAGGUCAGGGGUGAUUGUCUUGACUUUCUCUCCAUUUGAGUUCUAGGGUGGGUGGCUCCCUUCCCCCUUGCUUACAGGUGCUGUCUUGGGUACAGGAGGUACGUGCCUGGCUCUGCCACUGUUCCCUCUGCUGCAAAGCCCAGUUAAGGAAAUGUCUCCAGGUCCAAAGAAAUAGGAUGGUCUGGGCCCCGCCUGUUGGAAGGGAACAGCCAGGGAAGAACCACCUGCCUGGGUAGGGCCUCGCCUGAGGGAGGGCCUGGGGCCGGGCACAAGGGGUUGAUCUCAGCCCACAAGCCCCAGGGGCAGCCCAGGAAAGCAGGCGACGGAUGUGGAUCCUGACCUCCCGAGAGGUGUGGGGUGCAGAGAUACCCACCUCUGCCCUGACAGCCGUGUAUCCCUCACGAAGUGGCUGUCCAGCACCUGCCUGUGCUGGGCCUGGGAGAGGAGCUGUCUGCCCGGGCUCCCAGGCAGGGAGAGGCAGGUGAGGUUCUCAGCUGAUGUGUUAGAGGUUGAGCAUCGCCUGUGCCCAGCUUGCUGGCUGUCAGUGCUUGAUGUGCCCAUCCUCAGCUAAAACCCAGAGCUGGCCUAUUGGUCAUCCCCACCUCAGACGGGACACCCAGUCCCAGAGCUGGUGAGCCCUGGGCCAGCCUUUGAGCCUGGCCUGCCCCAUUCACUGACCAGUGCCUCACCUCCCUGGCUGGAGGGUCUGGGUCGGGGGGCAGGCACUGGCCGAGGCGGUUGGUCCAUAGGGCUAGCCCUGGGUGGUGGGAGAGGGGCCCGGGGUUAGGGUGAGUGAGCUGGGCCAGGGAGCUGCUGCAGGAUGAUUUUGAGGUGUGGGGGAAGCACUCUUGGUUGGUUUUGGUUUGCUUUUUAAAAAUUGUGGUAAAAUACAUAACAAAAGUAACUAUCGUAACGUGA